UUCUAGUCUUGCUUUCACAUUUGUGACAUCGGUCAAUCGGUGUCGGUCGUGGUUUAUUGCGCGAAAGAACAUUUUUUUAUUAAUAUACAAUCCAUUGUUAUGGCUCAAAAAUUGUCAAAAAGUAAUAAUCGGAUUUGUGAAAAUUCCUUUUACUUUUAUUGUUUCUGGUGUUUUGCACAAAAAUCGCGCUUUUGAAGGUUAGGAAUUUUUUUUCAAAUAUUGAAAGACAAGUGUCAAAAAUUCCACACUUCUUGUGUGUAUAAUAAAUACAUAUGUAUAUAUUUAUAAAAAUGGAAAUUUUUUAUAUUUUCUUUUAAUCUAUUUGAAAUUACUUGCUGAGGUUGUUUUACGGAUCUUAUUGAAAUAUUGUUGUUUUUUUUAAAUUCCAAAAGGAAAUUUAAGGAUUAUAUAUUUUUUAUUGAAUAAUAAUAUAAUAAAAGAAAUUCACAAUGGUGAGACUUACUGAAGAAAUGGUUAUUGCAAGAACGAGAAUUUCGGAUUUGUCAAACGUCAAACAACUUAAUUGUUGGGGAACCGAAUUAACGGAUGUCAGCAUUUUACAAAGAAUGAAAAAUGUGGAAGUUCUGUCAUUAAGUGUGAACUGCAUAGAAACUCUGGCACCAUUUCAGUAUUGUUCCAAUCUUCGUGAUUUGUUCAUAAGAAAAAACAACAUUCAGGAUAUAAAUGAAGUUUGCUAUCUACAGGAUUUGACAAAUUUGAGAAAUCUUUCGCUGAGUGAAAAUCCAUGCGCCGAACGUGAAGGUUAUCGUAUGGCAGUUUUGAGAAUUUUGCCUAAUUUACAAAAACUUGACGACAAAACUGUUUCACAAGAGGAAGUUCAAAUUGCAGUGUGCUGUGGAAAAGUUUUAUCCCAUCCUCUAUAUUAUGAAGCAUCAUCACCACAAACCGAUCAACCGACCGAGGAGGAUUUGACUGAAUAUUUAGAAGAACCCGAAAUGGUUAGGCAAAGAAGAUACAGUUCAUCGAGUGAUCAGAGAAGUUAUGAUGAACAACUGGAACACCAGGAAAAUCACGUGACUGAUAAGAAAAAUGCAAAUUAUGGUCCGUCCUCAUCUCCUCAAUACGCUCCAAAUAAUCACUACGACUACGAGUAUUCGAAUAUUUUGUCAGCCGUGUUGAGCCUCGUCAAGGAAUUGGAUUACCCGAGUCUCCAGAUUGUCGAGGUAGCAAUUAGAAAUCGUAAAGACGAUUUGAUGGAAUGAUGUUUCUGGCGCCGUCCCUAAAUGACUUCACUCGGGAUGGCAAUGAUUUUCACUUGUCCUGAGUUUCAAAAAAGCAAAAUAAUUUUUCUUCUUUGUCGCACAUUUCACGCGGAAUUCAAUUUCACUGUAAAAUCUAUUGCUUUAGAAAUGAAAAAUGAAAAAACAAUUUAAAAGAAAAGAAAAAUUAAAAAAAAUUUUCGGAUAAUUAGCGAAAACGGAAGUAAAUCGUAAAAGACUUUUUUACAAAUUAGAAAUUUUACAAGACUAAGAGUUAUUUUAUUCUUUUUUAUUUCUUUUUUAAGUACCUAUAUAAUUUUUUUACAGAA